AUGUCCACUAUGGUAUGUACUACAAAAGGAUGUUAGCAUAAAACAUUAUGUUCUGAUUGUAUAGUCACUCAUCCAAAAAAUCAUUUAGCUGCUAUUUUACCAUUAAGAGAUUUUGAUCCCUCUAGUUAUUCUGUACCAAAAACUAUUGCUAGUAAUCUUAUUUAUUUUAAUUUAAGAGGAUUUAAGUAUUGUUAGAUAAAGAAUGACAAUGUUGUAAAAUCAUUUAAUACAAACUAGAGAAAUUAGAAAAUCAGAAUGCAAGAGAUUAUAAAAACAUAUUGUUAAUUAUUUUACUGAUGAAUUAGAUUGUAUAAUGUAAUAAAUUAUUAUUAGCUUUUAUUAAAACUGUUAUUCUUUAAAUUGAAUAAUUUUAUAAUGAAAAACAUACUAAAAUUGCAGAAGUUACUCAAAAUUGUGAAGAACAUAUUAAUAAAUUGAAUUCCAUUUUAAAUGGAGAAGUUGAUGAUUCAAGAAAAUUUGAUUUCUUAUUAGAAUUAUAAGAAAAAUUAUUACAGAUAAUAGUACCUACUCUUACAAAAUAAGCAGAAGAGUUAAGUAGAUCAAGCAUAAGUAGUGAUAUAUUAGUGAAUUAAAAUUUUGAGAAAGCAAUAUAAGUUGCAAUUGAGAGAGCAUUUGUUGUAAGUAAUAUUUUAAAUACUGAAAAAAAACCUGUAGUGAUGGAUGAACCAGAAUAUGAUUCAUUGACUAUAUUUAAGGUCAAUUUAAAAAAUUAAUAAAAGAAUUUAGAUUUUUAUAAGUCAUCUAUUCAACCAUAUUUACAUUAAGAGUUAUUAGGGAAAGAGUAUAAAGUUCCUUAAAGUAGUGAUUUUGUACCAAAGUAAUAAUUAAUUUAAAUAAAGAACAGUUCCAAAAGAAAGUCCAUAAUUAAAUGGUCUUCCAUUUGAAAUAUUUAUAAGUCAAUAGAAACAUUUGAAUACAAUAAUAUAAGGACAUUUAGAUAUAGUGACAGCAGUUUGUGUAUUAAAUUUAAAUUAAAUUGCAUCUGCCGGAGGAGAAGGAGUAUUAAAAUUUUGGGAUAUAGAUUCAUAAAUGUGUUUAGGUACAAUAGAUGCUCAUAAAGGUGAAAUAUGGUGUUUAUGUGGAAUAAGUGAUGAUUUUAAUUAAGAUAUAGCUGAGAAAUUAGUAUCAGGAGGUAAUGAUAGAUUGAUUCAUAUAUGGAAUGUUUAAUAUAUGACAUUAGAAUUUACUUUAGUAGGCCAUCUUGAUAUAGUUAAAAGUUUAUGUUAUUUAAGAAAGUUUUAAUAUCUAUGUUCAGGAGGAGGUGAUUAUAGAAUAAAGAUAUGGAAUAGAGAUAAAUGUUUUUAUACAAUAGAAGAUGCUCAUAAGAAGAUAGUUAGAACAAUAAUAUAAUUAGAUGAUGAUAAUUUUGCAUCUGGAGGAGAUUGUUUUAUUAAGAUUUGGAGUGCAUUUAAAGGAUAACUAAAAUAUGAACUUGCUCAUGGAGAUGAUGUUUAUUGUUUAAAAGAAUUACCUAAUUAAAUGUUAGCUAGUGGAGGUGCCGAUAGAAUUAUUAUUAUUUGGAAUUUGAGAGGUGGAUUUAAGGCUCAUAAAUUAUAAGCACAUAAUGAAACUAUAACGAGUUUAGGAUUUAAUAAAUAUUUAUUUAGUGCAGGAAUUGAUAAAACUUUAAGAGUCUGGGAAAUUAAAGAUUAACCUACUCUUUUAAAAAGUAUUAAAGUUCAUACUGAAUAAAUUAGUUGUAUUGCUGUUAAUCAAUAUAGAGAAUUAAUUAUUACAGGUAGUUGGGAUAAAAGAGUAAGAAUAGUAUCAUUAGAAUAUGUUAUUUAGAGAAAAUGA